AUGAAGGUGGCAGUUUUGGACUUGGGCACUAUAUUUGCCAAGAUCUUCAAAUCUUCAGUAUCUCCAGUGAAUCCAGGUGCUUCUAACAAUCCCUUUUCUCAAGGUUCCCAUACAGGGACCUCUGCAAGUACAAAUAAUUCCUUUGCACAGAAAGCUUCCUUCCUGCUACUCCCAGCACCAGCGUCCCCUCUGUACAUUCUGAAUUCACCCACUUCUUCUUCAUCAUCUUUACCUCGGAUACCAUCUGGCAAAGCUUUGCCAUCACACAUCAGUGGGUUAUCUACACCCAGCAGUCCUGCCCAUCAGAUUAAACCCCAGCACACAAACCCUGUGGUCAGCAAUACGUCUGUGACUCCCCUGCAGCAGCAGAAUGAGAUGUCAUCGGCAUCCCCACAACCUAGAGCUACCUCACCUGCUACAAACCUGGUACGUCCAUCUCCUUCAAGCACAAAUCUAAUGAGCCCCACAAUGCAGCCUAUUAAUUCCAGCAGGUCUCCCAGGCUUCAUCAAGACACCUCAGCUCCUGCCUGGAACACCAAAUCCAUGCUCUUCACCUUGCCAGAUAUUGGGGAGGAGGCCACAGACUAUGAAGAAAGUCAGUACAGCCAAGGGAAAGGUUUAUCCCUUGGAAACACUAAUUCUUGUCAUUCUGGAAAUGAAGGUACCGCUCUUCCAGAGCAUUUUACAGGACCUGUGAAAGAGGCCAUUUACAACUACAGAUGUGAAUCUGUUUCAUCAACAUCAUCCAGUGGACAAACCACCCCAACAGAAUUAAACAACUCUUGGUCUGGAAUUCAGAGCUACACUACAGGAUUGUCCACUGAAAGAAGUUCUGUUUUUUCCUGGAGGGACGAUGAGUUUGAUAAAGUCAACAGCCAGAAAGUACAUCAGUUAUUCUGGGAUGUGGAUGAGAUGCUGUUUGAAGGGAAUGUGGCAGCUGGAACCAAGAACCUGCAAGCAGAAUGCAAGGAGUGGAACAAGAGAUCCCUUCAUCUGAGGGUUUUAGGAAAACAGGUAAUUUUUCCAAAGGAUGAAGGUUUCCAGCACUUUCAAUGUAGGACUCCCAGCUCUCCAUACACAAGUUCUUCAUCUAGUCUUACUGACAGCAGUACUGAUUUGAAACAACUCUGCAUUUCAGGAAUGAAACUUAUUCCGGUCACUUCUCCAUUACAAAAAUCUCAAGAUUCUAAUUCCAAUGAGAACUCGCUUUUUUCGGACUCCACUUACUCAUUCCUAGAAGAGGAAAUCUAUGAAACAGACGGCAGUAUUGAGGAGUACCUCGCAUAUGACUGCAAAGAACAUGAUGAUGAGGGUUUGGAUCAAAAGAAAGCUCAGCUUCACCGAAAAAGGAAUAAACGUGGCAUUCCUCCUAUCUCUCCUAAUGACUGUAUCAAAGACACAGUGGCUGCCGAGGUAUUUGAUGAUGUCUGGAGAGCUGUUGUGGACUCCUUGCAAGAACUUAUGCUGAAAUCAUGGGAAGCAGCUGCUGAGGACGGAAAACAAACUCAAAAGAUUCAGGCAUUGGGGAAUAAAUAUCUUCAAAUUCCAGUUCCACGUAUUAUCUCAGAAACAACUAGUGUUCCUCCAUCCAGGGGUUCGGAAGCCCGAAGCGCAGCAUUUGGCUCUUACCUUUUUUCAGCUCAGGCUAAUCGUAAUUUCCUCAAUGAUUUAAAUGGUGUAAUGACCAUUCAAGCUAAACCUCUACAACAAAGGCAUAACGGAUCAGUUGAGAAAACACAAACGGAACAGGAUGAUAAAAUCUUAAGUGUUGUGCCGAGUAUAUUGACUUCUAUGAAGAACAGAUUUGGUCGUUUGCCAGACAACAGUGCUUUAUCUGCCUCUCGGGCAUUGUACACUCCUGCUAGGAAAACACCUACACAGAGAAGGCUACCAUCUCUUGCUGUAGAUUCUUUACGAUCCAAAACGCCCAAUGUUUAUAGUGAUGAAGUUCUCAGGGGGACAAAAAUGUGCACAGGGUUAGAACAUUUAACAUCUCCAUCUGUACAAAUCACAAGGAAUAAGCUGCCACCAAUUACAUUGGAAACAUCUGAACAGCAUCUGUCGGUGCCUGGAUCCAGGCAUUCAGCUCACAGAGGGAGGUAUCCGCACAGUAGAAUAUCCAGCGCAGUGCCUGACACUAUAGGACGGCGGCCCACUAGAGAGAAAACUGUAACCAUGGAACAGUUUUCAAGGCCCAACACUACUCACACUUUUAGGUCAGAAGCAUCACACAGAAGGUCAUUUACUCCGCUGGAUUUUGCAAACCAUACUUGGACCGGACAAGCUUUUCUAACAAGUUCACAGUAUCAACCUAAAUCCAUGCAGCGAAAUCAACCAAACUCAAGGAGAAAAUUUCAAACUGUAUCUUAAUAAGAUAAUAAGAAUAAUGGUUCAGCUCUAAAGUUCACCAGCAUGAUGAUUAACCUUCCAUACCCACUUUACUAAAAGUAUAUGGUUUUAACACCUUCUAUAUUUGCACUUCACAAUUAAAGCACUGCUCAUGUUUUGAACAGAUGCACUGAAUUUUUAACAUUAAAAGUUCUAUUCAUAUUUUUGCAAGUUCUAAGAGACUACAAAAGCUUCACACUGAGGACAAACAAGUUUUAAAAUGUAAAUUUACAUGACAGAUUUUAUCAAGCAGACAGUCCCUGUAUCUCCUUAAUGCACUUCAGCGCCUGCAAUGAAAAUAAUGUCAAUGUAUUGCUAAAACACCAGAUCUUUGGAUUAAUGCUUGAUUAAUCCUCACUAUGGUGUUCUUGCAGGUGUUUAAAACAGUUUUGUUUUUUGCACAUUACAAGAAGAGAAAAACAUAUAUUAAAUUGUUUCAUAAGUGUGGGAUAAAUACCAAAUGAAGCCUAUCACUCACUAGUCCAAUAUCGUUGCAUGCCCCACGAGCUGGACGCCAAUGGGGGCAUGCAACAAUUGGAGGAAGCCGGGUUUAUUAUCGAUCUGCAAAAUACAGUCUGAGAUACGGGCGAAGGAUCGGUGGUAUGUUUACCUUAACAAAAUGGUAAGUAUUUUUUGUUUGUAAAGUUUAGUGAAUUAAAGUACCCCUGUUUUUCAGAUUAUUUUUUAGAUACUGGGCUUUAAUUCCUUAAACUUUACAAUUAUUUUAAAUAUGACAGUACUAACGGAUACAGGUGGAAGAGAGCUUUGGUCUAAAGAGCCUACAGUCUGCAAAAUCUUUACAAUUAUGAUCUUUGCACAGAUUUAUUUUAGCAAGCUUUGACCUUUUUGUUAUUAAAAACAUUCAGUAUAAUAUGUUUUAGUAUCCAUUUUAGGUACAUAACAGUAAUUCUUACAAGAAAAUGAGUACAAUGGGAAAACAAAAAUGUAUGUACAAGUUCAUUAAACACCUCUUGCUUUUGUGUACAAACUGUGCUUUGUCUCACCGUCCCUAGAGAGGGCUAAACCCAAAUUCUGUAACCUUCAAAAAAUGCUGUAAACAAAAGUCUGGCUUAGGCAAUUUUUAGCAUUUUAAAAACAUAGGUUACUGAUUUUGCUUUUUGACCUCUCUAUAAAGUGGAUGAACCACGUUUUUCCACAAAAAAAAAUGCUUAAAGGGACACUGAACCCACAUUUUUUCUGUCAUGAUUCAGAUAGAGCAUGAAAUUUUAAGCAACUUUUUCAUUUACUCCUAUUAUCGAUUUUUCUUCGUUCUCUUGCUAUCUUUAUUUUAAAAGCAGGAAUGUAAAUCUUAGACAGCCCAUUUUAGGUUCAGCACCAUGGAUAGCGCUUGCUUAUUGGAGGCUUACAUUUACCCACCAAUAAGCAAGCAUAACCCAAGUUCUCAACCAAAAAUGGGCCGGCUCCUAUGCAUCACAUUCCUGCUUU